AUGGUGUGGGACACGAAAGUUGGAAAGAAAGAGGAGUUGCAAGUUGAAAAGAAAGAGGAGUUGCAAGUUGGAAAGAAAGAGGAGUUGCAAGUUGGAAAGAAAGAGGAGUUGCAAGUUGAAAGGAAAGAGGAGUUGCAAGUUGAAAGGAAAGAGGAGUUGCAAGUUGAAAGGAAAGAGGAGUUGCAAGUUGAAAGGAAAGAGGAAGUUGAAAGGAAAGAGGAAGUUGAAAGGAAAGAGGAAGCUGAAAGGAAAGAGGAACUGCAAGUUGAAAGGAAAGAGGAAGUUGAAGGGAAAGAGGAAGGUGAAAGGCAAGAGGAAGUUGAAAGGAAAGAGGAAGUUGAAAGGAAAGAGGAAGCUGAAAGGAAAGAGGAAGCUGAAAGGAAAGAGGAAGCUGAAAGGAAAGAGGAAGCUGAAAGGAAAGAGGAAGCUGAAAGGAAAGAGGAAGCUGAAAGGAAAGAGGAAGCUGAAAGGAAAGAGGAAGCUGAAAGGAAAGAGGAAGUUGAAAGGAAAGAGGAAGUUGAAAGGAAAGAGGAAGCUGAAAGGAAAGAGGAAGCUGAAAGGAAAGAGGAAGCUGAAAGGAAAGAGGAAGCUGAAAGGAAAGAGGAAGCUGAAAGGAAAGAGGAAGCUGAAAGGAAAGAGGAAGGUGAAAGGAAAGAGGAAGCUGAAAGGAAAGAGGAAGCUGAAAGGAAAGAGGAAGCUGAAAGGAAAGAGGAAGCUGAAAGGAAAGAGGAAGCUGAAAGGAAAGAGGAAGUUGAAAGGAAAGAGGAACUGCAAGUUGAAAGGAAAGAGGAAGCUGAAAGGAAAGAGGAAGGUGAAAGGCAAGAGGAAGUUGAAAGGAAAGAGGAAGUUGAAAGGAAAGAGGAAGCUGAAAGGAAAGAGGAAGCUGAAAGGAAAGAGGAAGCUGAAAGGAAAGAGGAAGGUGAAAGGAAAGAGGAAGUUGAAAGGAAAGAGGAAGUUGAAAGGAAAGAGGAAGCUGAAAGGAAAGAGGAAGCUGAAAGGAAAGAGGAAGCUGAAAGGAAAGAGGAAGCUGAAAGGAAAGAGGAAGCUGAAAGGAAAGAGGAAGCUGAAAGGAAAGAGGAAGUUGAAAGGAAAGAGGAACUGCAAGUUGAAAGGAAAGAGGAAGCUGAGAGCGCACCAGUGUGGACAGGGACAGGAGUGUGA